UAAUUGAAGAGUGACUUCAUCUCGUGUUAUUUCCGUCAAUUUAUUAGCGAUGAAAAUUCCCCCGUCUUUACCAAGAAUCUUCGUCAACAUUUUAAUGACUACUAAUUAUUUCAUUAUUCUUUUCCAUUUGAAAAUAUUUAUUCCACCAGAAAAUUCUGAGUUUCACUGAUGACAUUCAAUCAAACGAACAUUUCAUGUGCCAGAUAUUGUCAUUAUCGUUAUGUUUAGACAAUUAAUGGCAUAUUCGUUCGUUCAUAGAUAAAAAUAAAAAUCAAUUACACACACAUCAUCGCUCGGGGCCGGGGAGGGGGAGGCGUGUUUCAGUCAUAUAAGUGUAGCUGAAGUACUUUGUUCUAGUUAUAAUAGUGAAAGCCAUUGUGACGUAAUUACGCUAGGUCAAGAUGAAGUCGUUGGAGUUGAUCAUCACCGGUGUCCUGAUACUGCACAUCGUGAACCCUUCUGAUGGCAUAGUCUUAACUAGCAGACAGCUUUUGUUAGUAACAUCGAACCUUGAGUUGCUCCAAAAGAGCGAUCAUCCCUGCGGUCCUCCGGAAGUCCUAAUCCCCAUGAUGAGAGGCGAAGACCCCGUGAGACCUUCUCAACUCUCACUGAUGAUGAUCGCCAUGAAGUCGAUAGACACAACCAAUUCAACAGAUCUUACUCCGAUGUUCAAUUCGAUAAACAAUCUGAUGGAACAGGUAGUGACAUCCUCCGAGAGAGCUGCUUACACCGCGUGGAAGACCCGACUAGAAGGCUACGUGUCAACCAUCAACGCCCACUACGACCGCUUCACGACCCUCCGGAACGACCAGGGGCCCGUUAAUGUUGACGACUGGAUGGCCCUGGCUACCGACAUCGAGGUUACCAUGCGCUCCAACCUGACCGCCUUCCGCGCGGAACUUCUGAACCGCCCAAAUCAUUGGGGGAACUCUACCCUGCUGAAUGAAUUCAUCCGCUCAUGCCCCCGCGUGGAGUACAGUCGCUGGCCGGAUGCCUUCGCCAUGAAUGGAUUUUUCAAUCUGUUUUCGAAUAUGGUGUUCACUACACAGCUGAAGGCUACGGUUCCCCAGGUUUUUGCAUCAUUACUGCGAAACUGUAGAGGCACUGUCAGGAGAGAUAACCUGGCUAGGCUAGUCAUCGAACAAAAAGAGGGAUACCUAGAAAUUGUGCGUGGUCUGAGAAUCGCCCUAACGUUUCUCCCCGAGAUUUUGAUCCCAUGGCGUUUUCCCUAUGAGAGCCUUAUUCGAGGUCAGGAUUACUAUGAGCUAGCGAAUUCAGAGCAACUCACAGUUCAACAAUUUCUGGAUCCUGAAGGCCACAGGAGCUGUUCAGCAGCUCAGCAGGCCCAAUCGCUGACGAUCCAGUCCCAGAGUGACGUUUGUAACGGCACUUUAUAUGAUUGCAAAUAUUCCGAGUGGCUAGAGGUCUGUCGACUGGAGAAUAACAACAAGCGGUAUGUGUGGUUUAAAUCAGCACAUGGAAAUUAUGGUGAGAUUUUGGAGGACUGUCGUGGUGGGAGAAUUUUUACCUAUAGUAGGGAGAGGAAUCCUCUCAUAGGUCGUUGUGUUUGCAAAUGUAAGGAGGAUGUUAAUUACAUAAGUGUUACACCAGCUAUGACCAAUCGACAAGCUGAUAUGGUUCUAACUGGUUUUCGAUUUGUUUUUGAAAACCGGACUCUUUAUCUACAAGCGAAACAAGGAAAGUUGCUUUCUCGUGAGAGGAUUGAUCCUGCAUCGGAAGAGUGGGUUCCCCUACCAAAGAAUCCACAGUUGGUACCGUUAAAUUCCCAAAACAGCAAUUUUCAUCUCGGUGACGCAAUGGUCACCUUGAGGUUCAUCGCGGUUGGAAUGUCAUUAGUCCAUUACAACAAUGGCUUCUACCCUCAGAUUUUUGAGGUUGCGUAUUGGUACACUGGAGGCGUCUUUGGGUACCCCCGCGAGAUUGCUCCACCCCAUCGAGAUGACCCUAGAACAUAUGUCAAAUUUCAAUUGUCUAAACCAGUGAUAAAUGCAAAAGCUGCUGAGGCUGUCCCACCAGUACUAUUGGGGGGCUUUGGAAUUGCAUACGAUAGAACAAUAGGGGGGAUUUCGCCGCGAAUUAACGGCUUUGAAUUCCGUAAUAUAUUUACGCAAAUUGAAAAUGCAAAAUUCUAAAUAUAAGAUGUAUCCAAAUAUUCUACAAUUGCGAUAGUGAUUGAUUAAAUAAAUAAAUAUUUUAUUCAAGCAAA